AAGGUCGCUCUGCCCAGCCUAGGACAAUGGGGAGGAAAAAAAUACAGAUCUCACGCAUUCUGGACCAAAGGAAUCGGCAGGUGACAUUUACCAAAAGGAAGUUUGGGCUGAUGAAGAAGGCCUAUGAGCUGAGCGUGCUCUGUGAUUGUGAGAUUGCGCUGAUCAUCUUCAACAGUGCCAACCGCCUCUUCCAGUACGCCAGCACGGACAUGGACCGUGUGCUCCUGAAGUACACGGAGUACAGUGAGCCCCACGAGAGCCGCACCAACACCGACAUCCUUGAGACACUGAAGCGGAGGGGUGUGGGCCUCGAUGGACCAGAGCUGGAGUCAGAUGAGGGACCUGAGGGGCCCGGAGAGAAGCUGCGGAGGCUGGCAGGCGAUGGGGGCGAUCCAGCCUUACCCCGGCCCCGACUCUAUCCAGCAGCCCCUGCUAUGCCCAGCCCAGACAUGGUAUAUGGGGCCCUGCCCCCACCAGGCUGUGACUCCAGUGGGCUUGGGGAGGCCCUCCCUGCCCAGAGCCGCCCAUCCCCCUUCCGGCCAGCAGCCCCCAAAGCUGGGCCUCCAGGCCUGGCCCACCCUCUCUUCUCACCGAGCCACCUUGCCAGCAAGACACCACCCCCCCUGUACCUGACAGCUGACGGUCGGAGGUCAGACCUGCCUGGUGGCCUGGGAGGGGGCCGAGGGGGACUGAGCACCUCGAGAGGCCUCUAUGGUAGCCUGCAGAGUCCAUGUUCUGCUGCAGCUCCAGGACCCCCACUCGGAAGCUUCCCCUUCCUCCCAGCAGGGCCCCCAGAAUAUGGCCUUGGAGACCCCCCUCCGCCCCCGGGAUUGCUGCAGCCCCCUACCCUGGCCCCCUGGCAGCCGUCGAGGGGUGAUGGGCCCCUAGCCGCCUCUGCCCAGCCCAGUGGGGGCCGCAGCCUGGGCGAGGAGGGUCCACCAGCCCGCGGUGCCUCCCCAACGACCCCCCAAGUCAGCAUCAAGUCUGAGCGUCUCUCACCGGCACCCGGGGGCCCCGGCGACUUUCCCAAGACCUUUCCCUACCCCUUGCUCCUGGCCCGGCCCCUGGCAGAGCCCCUACGGCCCGGGCCCCCGCUGCGCCGGCUACCGGCCGACGGCUGGCCGCGGUAGUGGACUUGGGGGUGGCACUGGCCCUGCCCCCUAUUCCAGGCUGGGCGAGGUCACGUAGGCUCGCCACCUCCCUCCCCGUGUCCUUAGAGAAGACCCAGUGGAUACGGCCUCCUUCACGGUGGGGGUCUGGAGAAGGAAGGUUGGGUUGGGAUCCAUGGACAUGGGGCUCUGUUUCCCCUUCCUGAGUGUGUACCCACCAAUAAAACAUGUAUGGCCUCCGUGGA